AUGCUGGGUCAGUAUGUUCACCUAUUUGGGGAGAAGCUGGUCCGCAGGCGGCCACUGAAGCCCAGGGAGGAGUCUGAGAGUCACGUGGCUCAUCUGAACACCUUCGACCUGGUGGUGUUGGGCGUGGGCCGGAUCCUGAGACCUGGUGUGUACAUCCUGGCUGGUAAAGUGGCCAAGUUCAUAGCUGGACCAGCAACUGUCAUCUGCUUCUUGGUGGCCGGUCUGUCUACUAUGCUGUCUGGGCUCUACUAUGCAGAGCUGGGGGCCCAGGUAGCACGCUCUGGUUCCGUGUAUUUCUACAGCUAUGUCGCCAUGGGACAAUUGCAUGCCUUCAUCACUGGCUGGAACUCCAUACUGUCCUUGGUCAUCGGUACCGCCCGUGUGGCCAGGGCCUGGAGCUACAUCUUUGACAGACUGAUUGGGAACGUCUCUCAAGUGUUGCAGGAAGCUUUCCCUCUACACAUGCCCUCUUUUCUGGCCACGUAUGCCGACGUUUUUGCCCUGGGUCUGGUGCUGCUGAUGACUGGUAUACUUGUUCUGGGAGUUCAUGAGUCAGCCCUGGUCACCAAAGUGUCCACAGGCUUGAGCCUUUUGGUGCUCAGCCUCAUCAUCCUCUCUGGCUUCAUGAAGGGAGAUCUGCACAACUGGCAGCUCACAGAACAGGACUACACACUGGCCACAGCUGGAUCCAAUGACACCUCUAGGCUGGGCCCUCUGGGUUCUGGAGGGUUUGCACCUUUUGGCUUUGAAGGGAUUCUCCGUGGAGCAGCUUUAUGCUUCUACAUGUUUUUUGGUGUUCAUAUCAUUGCCACUAAAGAGGAAGAAGCUCUAACUCCUCAUCGUUCCAUCCCCUUCGGCAUUGUGAUCUCACUCUUCGUCUGCUUUUUGGCAUAUUUUGGGGUCUCAGCGGCUGUCACUCUCAUGGUGCCGUAUUACCAGAUUCACCCUUACAACCCCUUGCCACAAGCUAUUCUCCACAGCUGGGGGGCUCCGGCAGGAUAUGUCGUGGCUGUUGGCACCCUCUGUGCCCUGACAUCCAGGCUCCACAGUGCCAUGUGCAGGAUGCCGAAGCUGAUCUAUGAAAUGGCAGAUGAUGGGCUCCUUUUCCGGGGACUGACCCGGAUCCACGCCUGCGCACACAACCAAGUCAAGUCCAUCAUGGCCGCGGGAACUCUUGCAGGGGUCAUGGCCUUACUCUUCAACUUCACAGAUCUUGUGGACCUCAUGUCCAUCGGGACUCUGCUGUCUUACACCCUCGUGGCUUUUUCUGUCCUUGUCCUCAGGUAUCAGCCACACCAGAAUUUCAGCAAGAACAAGAGAACAGAGGAUGAAACUGAGAUGGGUCCUGUCGUUGAGGAAAGUCCUUUGGAAUCUGCAGCAGAAGCAGGAACCUCAAACCCUCUAAAGAGUCUGUGUAACCCUAUCAGCACCACCCCCACUUGGAAAUCUGGCCAGAUUGUCUGUGGAUGCGCCUUCCUGCUGGUUCUCCUGCUGACCAUCCUGAGCCUGCUCCUGGCCCUGUGGCCCAGCCAAGUGUUCUCUGGAGACCCCGGGUUCACAGCAGGGGCUGUGCUGCUGCUGCUGCUCAUUGCGGGGAUCACUGCCAUCAUUUGGAGGCAGCCCCAGAACCCCUCUCCUCUUCCCUUCAGGGUCCCUGCUCUGCCCGUCCUCCCAGUGCUGAGCAUCUUUGUGAAUAUCUACCUGAUGAUGCAGCUGUCCUCUGUGAUUUGGGCCCAGUUUGGCAUCUGGAAUGCUGUUGGAUUUGCCAUAUACUUUGGAUAUGGGAUCCGACACAGCCUGGAGGAGAAGAGGGAUCCACAGCCACCAGCCUCCACCUCCCAGACUCUGCAUGAACACACCCCUGGUGCUGAAUCCUCUUAACCACAGGAAGUAGAUGCUGCAUGGU